CUUAUUUUUCAUUUGAUGUAAAUCUAUCAAAUGAAAAUGUAUUGUAAUAGAAAGACAUAUAGAUCUUAUUUGAACAACAGAACAGUAAUGAUUCAAUUUGUACAUGCAUAAUGCACUGCGACGCCAUAUUGUUUACCAAUUGUUUUGCUUUUGAUUAUUGCUGUGCAUCUGAAACAAAAACUCAAUGAAAUAAAUGUGAGUUGUAUUUUCAACAAUGGAGACUUAUUUCAAGUCUGAAGAAGAGUAUAAACCCGAGCUUGAGCCUGAGAAAACAAUAUGCAGGUGUUGUCUGACGACCGACAAGCGUAUGUUCAGUAUUUCGCUGUUCGCUACACAUUUUCGGGAUUUAGCUGGAUUAAAUGUAUCUGACUCGGAUGGGCUCCCGCCAUGGCUGUGCCACGAGUGUGCUGCGCUGCUGCAGAAGGCGGUCCGCUUUAAACAGAAGCUGCUCAAAGCCAACUCUAUGCUUUACGACUAUCUCAUGAGAUGUGCUCCUUUCCCCAUCGACGCCCAAGACCCGGAACUUAGCAAGUACUCAACACCGAAUCUGAAGGAAACCAAUACUCUUGCCUUUGAAAACAGCGGUAAGAAGCUUGGCUACUACAAAACGUUGGAGCACGAAAAGAGACCAGUAGAAUCGGCUCUCCACACUAUAGACCUGCCUCCGAUAGAACCGAUACCUGCAGCAGGACCUCCCACUGUAGAAAUCCUCAAGGAGGAGUUUGACUCCUUCGACGAUUAUGAGGACAACAUUACAUUGGAGGAGUUCAGAAAUACGGCGGUAAAGUCUGAUAACGAGGUACCUGAAGAGCCUCUGGUGAAGGAAGAACAGGGGACCAAGAGAAAGAGGAAGGCUAAGAAGAAGGAACAGCCCAAGGCCAAGCGGAAGAAGAGCAAAGAGCCAGUGGAGGGUGAAGAGCCGAAAACCAGCAUCAGGAAGACGGUGGAACUCGAUCCCACCAAGAUACGCAUCGUCAUGCUGAACCCUGAAGAACAGUUCAAACAGUAUGAGGAAGAGAGCAAAGCCAAGUUCCCGUACCAGUGCCACCUGUGCUACAAGGGAUUCAAUUUCGACACCAAACUGGAGAAUCAUAUGCGGAAGCACAGCCCGUCCCGGGGCCAGUUCUCGUGCUCGCUAUGCACCAUGUACUUCCCGUCGGCAUACAGCCGCACCGUGCAUGCACAUAUCCACACGCGGCGCUACGAGUGCGUAGCCUGCGGACGCCGCAUGAUCGACCGCGCCUCCAUACUGGACCAUUACAGAACGCAACACGAAGGGCUGGUGUCACACUUUACGUGCCAUCUCUGUGGAAAAGUUUCCAAUAAUAGCAAAACUCACCGCGGCCACAUGCGGAACCACCACGGCGGACAGCGGCCGGAGUGCGAGCAGUGCGGCAAGACCUUCGUCAACAAGGACUCACUAGAGGAACACAGGCAGAUACACCAGGGCAUCAAGAACUACUCUUGCUCGGAGUGCGGCAAGCGGUUCCGAACGCGGACGCAGAUCAAACAUCACCAGCUGAAACAUACCGACGUGAAGGAGUACUACUGCGUGGAGUGUGACGUCAGAUUCAAGUCGGCGCACAGUUUACGUCAGCAUCUAGUGAAGAGUUUGAAACACAAGGACAAACAGAGUCUGAAGUUCGCGUGCACGCGCUGCGACAAGCGGUUCGAGUGCGCGCGCACGCUGGCCGCGCACCACGCCGUGCAGCACGACGGCCUGCGCGCGCACGCCUGCGGCGUCUGCCCCGCCGCCCUCGCCUCCAGGGCUUCCCUCGCCAAGCACCGCAGACACGUGCACCAGGGCGCCCGCCCGGCCAAGAGGCACGUCUGCGACGCCUGCGGGAAGGCCUUUAGGGGCAAAUCAGUGCUAAUCAACCACGUCCGCACACACACCGGGGAGAAACCAUUCUCUUGCCCCACAUGCGGCCGCAAGUUCUCGCAGAGCACCGCCAUGCGGACUCACGUGGACCUGGUGCAUCUCAAGCGGCGCCGCGGGAAGGCGAAACAGGAGCCCCCGGCCUCCGAGGACCCGCCAAAGCUAGAUCUGUUCACCAAAGAGGAGCCCCAGAUAGUGUUCGACGCGUGGCGACCCAACAUUCCCAACUGUGAGGUCUACUUCACGGUCACCGCGGGACCUUAGACGGAAAUCUAAAUUGACCUCCUAGGGCCCAGCCAUACAGAUGUAAAUUAGAGAUGCAACGGAUAGUUGUUUGGCCGGAUACCGGAUAUUCGGCCUAACCAUCAGCCGAAUAUUCGGCCGGUGGAACUAUACCUAUAUUUCGGUUUUUCAGGUGCACAUUAUGCAGGUUUUGACCUGUUUCGUAGUGAACGUUCGCGCGGACUCAUUUCUAGGAUCGAAAUGAGUGCGCGUGCAAGUGGGAAUGUUCAAAUUGGUUUAAAAUAAUAAACGAGUACGAUUGUAACCGUGACUAUUUCUUAUUCCAAUUUUGUUUACUCCGAAAUCAAGCAAUGUUACUAUCCGGUAUCCGGCUGGAUGUUAAAACAAUGGCCGGAUAGGUCGGAUACCGGAUAGUAACCGAAUAUCCGGUGCAUCUCUAAUGUAAAUACCAAAAUUUGCCUCUGAAAGGACCAUGGUCAAAGGAGCCUGGUCCAAAAACCAACAGAAAUGAGAGUUACGUCAUUAGAUAGGUAUUUUCAUGUACUUCAUUUUGUUCUAUGGGCACCAAGCGGAAUUCCAUUGCAGAACUGAGAUAUUGAUAUUUUAGUCAAAUUGUCGUCACCCUUAUUACCUGGGAAAUAGAGUUCAAGUAAAUUAAUGCUGCAGGGUAGAUAUUCGCGCACUCUUAUGUAUAAAUUUUCGUCAUUCGUGACAUCGGGCCCCUAUUUCAACAACGUGACAGGUGCGACAAUUCGACAAGUCUCAUUGUUGCUGACGUCACAGGCAUCCAUGGGCUACGGUUGUCGCUUACCAUCGGGCGGGCCGUAUUCCUGUUUGUCACCAUCAUUGUAUUAUUUAAAAAAACUUUAUUAUAUCGGCAAAAAACAGAUAUUUCUCUUGUGAUGUUUAUGAUGAUAAUGAUGACAAUUGUCACAAGAUUUCAAAGAACUUUAGGUAAUUCUUGACAGCAAAUGAGUUCUGUGUCGGAAUUUCGUGACAAUUGUCGUAUUUCUUGUGACAAUUAUGAUUAGCUUCGCAAAAUAAAUACUUAUUAACUGGCGAUAUAGUGGAGUUUUUUUUUAAUUAACAUGUUGGUGGCAAACAACCACACCGCCCGUCUGAUGGUAAGCGGUUACCGUAGCCUAUGGAGGCCUGUGACGUCAGUAACAGUGAUGUCGACAAAUGUGACAUUUGUCACGAUGGUGAAAUAGGGCCCUGGUGUCAAGUAGCUGUACUGAUAGUUCCACUACUUGACGAUAGAUGUCGGCUACGAAAUAACGUGCGUUUUGGUAAGAACAUUGAUGUAUGGAGUUACCACUCUAUCCUUACUUAUACCGGGUGUGGCCUGUAACAUGAGCAAAAAAUUUAAUUAUAGGCUGAACUCCUCAUACUGACCAACAUUUGUUCAGCGACUUUUAAAAAUAAGUUGUGGUUUGAUUUUUAAUACACUUCAAAGUUUAUUCUAAGACGCAAUGUGUUACGAAUUUUGUUAUGUUUAAGGCAUGACAAGCAACGUCAAUCACAAUGAUAUAGCGUGGCGAUGGCGUCCAUUGAAGAUAAUAUUUAUUUAGUAUGAAAAAUAGCGAGUCUAAAUACUUCAUAUUUUUUUAAAGUUCUUGAUAAAAAGUGUCACCGUUUGAGGAGUGCAAUGUAUGUUUUAAUUAUUUGCUCAUGUUACAGGCCACACCUGGUAUAAUAAUAUUAGCAUAUCUCGCAAUCGAGCUAGCAAAACCGUAGCAAAUGACAGUUGAAUGUAAAGGUUAGCGUUCAUAUGUCAUCAAUCAUCAUCAUGACUCAUGAUAACAUAGUCACUAUUUUUUAAAUUUUAAAGUUAAAUUUGUGUUUCAGGAAAGUAAAUUGUUAUAUUACUUCUUAAAAUUUUUGUUUAUUUGAACUCAAUUUGUUUACUCUUAAUAUUUGAAAUACAAAAUAUAUUCUACCUACUUAUAACGUAAUGAUGUGUGUAUAGCACAAGGAUGUAAUACCUUAUUUAGCGUAAUCACACGCAAACAGAUCUUAAAUAAUUAAUUUAAAACAGUUUUUGUAUUUGACUUAGUAAAUACGUAUAUAUGCGUCAACCUUAAUGUGCAACUGCUACGGUUUUGCGAACUCGAUUGCGAAGUAUGAAUAUUAUUUAAAUUGAUAAAAUUUCACCGAACUGAAUAAAUACUACAGGCUACUGGCUCUAUGAGUAAUGUUGUAUUAGGCAGAAACAUCUGUAAGAUACCAAAAUGAUUAGGCAUGAAGGAAAAGUGGAAAAACUGACUGUCUCGAAAUCGCGACCCCGGAAUAACCCCGGCAGAGAUAUGGUGGAAAUAUUCGCUGUCAAAGGGUCUCGGUAGCUUAGUUGGUACAUCGGCAGGCUGGAAUCACGGUGUCGCGAGUUCGUCCAAAUGUUAAUAAACACUGUAUGUAAGUUAAUUUAAUAUUAGCACUGCCACUUGUAAUUUAAUGAAAAAUUGUUCCUAUUUACGCGAAUAAUACAAAUAUCUUUCUAUAAAUGCGAAAUAGAGUUAGACCAAGAAGUCUGCAGCGAUUUUGAUGGCACACGCAGUGCGAGUGUUAUUUACCACAUCAUCAUUUCAUAGGAGCUUGACGUUUAAAAUAACACUUGCACUGCGUGUGCUA